AUGCAUAUACUGGUCACCAACGACGACGGUCCGCCGUCGACCAAGGCGUCGCCCUAUAUCCACGCUUUUGUCAAUCACCUCAAGGCGGCCGGUCACGCCGUGUCCGUGUGUCUGCCCGACUCGCAGCGCUCAUGGAUCGGCAAGGCGCACAUGAUCGGACAGACGCUGCGGCCGCUGUACUUUCGGCCGGCGGCCGCCGUCUACGGGGAAGAGACCGAGGGUACUACCAACGCUCGGCCGGACGCCUCGGGCGCCGGCGAGGAGGAAUGGAUCCUGGUGGACGGCACGCCGGCGUCGUGCGUGCAGAUUGGCCUGAACCACUUCUUCCACGACAAGGGCCCUGUCGACCUCGUCGUCAGCGGGCCCAACUACGGCCGCAACACGACGGCCAUCUUCGCGCUGAGCUCGGGCACGCUCGGCGGCGCGCUCGAGGCGGCCGUCUGCAAGGUACGGGCCAUCGCCGUCAGCUUCGCCUUCUUCUCGCGCAACCAUGACCCGGUCAUCAUCGACGCUGCGUGCCGCCAGGCCGUCAAGGUCAUCAACGGCGUGUACCAGCAGUGGCCGACGGACGGCAGCGUGGACCUGUACAGCGUCAACGUGCCGCUCGUCGAGGCCGUCGACACCCGCAAGACGUACCUCACCCAGAUGCUGCAAAACUACUGGCAGGCCGGUGGCUGCUUCGAGGAGAUUGACGACCCGACCGCCGCGGAUCCCAACGAGGAGGAGGCCCGGAUCCGAGAGGGGGAUCUGUCACGGGCGGCGGCUCCGGACACCACCAAGACCGACUGCAAAGGGCACAAACAUAAGCACUUCAAAUGGGCACCCAGGUUCACCGACGUCUAUACCAGUGUAGAGGAGGCCGGACCCGGGUCUGAUGGAUGGGUGGUCAAGGAAGGUCACACAAGCGUGACGCCUCUCAAGGCGAACUUCGCACAGGCUGGUGUAGGAAACGGCCAACAGGAGCUGAACUUUUCAGAGCCUGCUAUGCGGGAAGAAAGCACGAUAUUGGCCUUGAGAGAGAAACCAUCAGCCAGCACCAGCUCCGACAAGAUUCAAGCAUUUGUUGCCUACGAAGAUGAGUAUGUGCAACCACUAAUUGUGUCUGCGCUUAAAUCGCUUCUGCCUGAUGACUCGAUCGACUUAAUCACUACUGUUCCGGUCUCAGACGACGGCACGUUCUGUGCGUCACGCGCGCUCUCGCCGCCGCAUGCGCGGGCGCUACAGAUCAUGCAAUACGAGGCCCUCGACUUUGACCAAGCCCACUCCCACACCGGAUCGUUCCUGAUCAACAGCUACAUGAUCAGGAGGGCCGUGAACCGCAAGCACUACCUCUCGACGACGGUCGAGCACUGGGUGGCGAAGCGGCCAGACUCUGUGCUCAAAACGCACGUCAAGCGCAGCGAGGCGUUCGAGGUGGACUACGCCGAGUUCCUGGACGAUGCUCUCGUUGAAGCAUUUGAUCUUCGCGAGAGCCUUGCUCGCAACGAUGCGCUGGGUGAGGGCGCGCCGCCGGAGAGCAAGGAGUGGUGGAUCCUGAAGCCGGGCAUGAGCGACAGGGGCCAGGGCAUCCGUCUGUUCAGCACGAUGGACGGGCUGCAGGCCAUCUUUGACGGGUGGGAGGAGAACCAGCCGGACAGCGACGAUGACGAGGCGGAGGGAGAAGAGGGCGGUGCGGCGCGUGAGGAGCAGACUCCUCAGGGCGGCGGUGAUGACGACGACGACGACGACGAAAAGGACUACAUCACAACCUCGCACCUGCGGCAUUUUGUCGCCCAGCCGUACAUCCACCCGCCGCUGCUCCUCAGCGACGGCGGCCACAAGUUCCACAUCCGCACCUACGUGCUCUGCACGGGCAGCCUGCGCGUGCACGUGUACCGGCCGAUGCUCGCUCUCUUCGCGGGCAAGCCCUACCGCGCGCCGUGGGAGGCUCCCGACGACCCCGCGACCUUCCUGACCAACACGUGCCUGCAGGACUCUCCCGGCGGUGCGGCGGUGCGGUCCUUCUGGGCGCUCGAGGGGCUCACGGCGGCGGCCAAGGAGGACGUCUUCGCGCAGGUGUGCGCCGUGACGGGCGACAUCUUCGAGGGCGCGGCGCGCGUCGCGCCCUUCCACUUCCAGACGCUGCCCAACGCUUUCGAGGCGUUCGGGCUCGACUUUUUGGUGGACGCCGCGGGACGCGCGUGGCUGCUCGAGGUCAACGCCUUCCCGGACUUCAAGCAGACCGGCGCGGAGCAGACGGACAUCGUGGCCGGCUUCUGGAGGGGGGUCGUCCGGGAGGCGGUAGCGCCGUUCUUCGGGCUCGAGGAGGCGCUGUCGCGGGAUGGGAGCGAUGAGGAGGAGCGCAAGGACAUGGUGCGCGUACGGGACAUUGACCUGGGUCGGCGGUGA